CAGCAAGCGGGGCCAGGCCUGGCCACAGGCGGCACCGCACCACUGGAGAGAGGCAGGGACCAGCCUGCCGCCGCCUUCACUUCGCAGGCGAACCGGAGAGCAAAACCGGACCAGUUCGGCUCCUCGGUGUCAUCCCGGCAAGGCGUGCGCUCCGGCAGCCGCGGGGAGACAAACUUCGCGGGAAGGGCCGCGACGCUACAGGCCGGCAGGGACGGUACCAAGCACCCCCGAGCGUGCCCCGCUAUCCCCUGGAUACCCCCGCCCCCUGGAUACCGUCGCAGCGGGCAGCCGCGCAGCCCGCCCCGGGAAAUAUUUACAGUCUCUUUCCAGAGUUGAAAUAGAAGCUGAGAAGCAGAAAACAUGUUGGAGACAAUUGAUACUCAUCGGGCCCUCCAGGCCAUGGAGCGCUUACAGACAAAACUUCGGGAUCGAGGUGACAUUGCAAAUGAGGAGAAACUGAGCCUAUUAAAAUCAGUGCUGCAGAGUCCUCUUUUUAAUCAAAUUCUGAGCCUUCAGACUUCUGUUCAACAACUGAGAGAUCAGGUAAAUAUUACACCUUCCAUACAUUCCAGUGGUGAAUUCCCUCAGCUUCUCCAUCAUGGUGUGAACAUGGGGUCCUUGCCACUUAAUGAGUCAUAUUUGUUGGCUCAGCAGAAUGGCAACCCAGCUAAUGUGUUAGAAACAUCAAUGAGAUCCAUUACUCCUCAGAUUAAUGGGAAAUUCUCUAGUGAUGACUUCGAGCAGCUGAUCAGAAACAUGUCCCAGGGUCGUCUUGUUGAGACAAUUGACCUUAUUAAACCUCUAAGUGGUGGUCUGGGCUUCAGUGUUGUGGGACUCAAGAGUGAAAACAGGGGAGAACUAGGAAUAUUUGUGCAAGAAAUCCAGGAGGGAAGUGUGGCACAUAGAGAUGGAAAGCUGAAGGAAGCAGAUCAAAUCCUUGCUAUUAAUGGACAGGCUCUUGAUCAGACAAUUACACAUCAACAGGCUAUCAGCAUUUUGCAGAAAGCAAAAGAUAAUGUCCAGCUAGUUGUGGCUAGAGGCACUUUUCCUCAGCUCACCAGUCCUGUAGUUUCCCGGUCUCCAUCUGCUGCUAGCACAGUUUCAGCCCAUUCCAACCCGGUUCACUGGCAACAUGUGGAGACCAUAGAGUUGGUCAAUGAUGGCUCAGGUCUGGGAUUUGGGAUAGUGGGAGGAAAGUCAACUGGAGUGAUUGUUAAAACCAUCCUCCCAGGAGGGGUGGCUGAUCAGCAUGGAAGAUUGUGUAGUGGAGAUCACAUCUUGAAAAUUGGUGAUACAGACCUAGCUGGAAUGAGCAGUGAGCAGGUGGCACAAGUUCUAAGGCAGUGUGGAAAUAGAGUGAAACUGGUAAUUGCAAGAGGUCCUGUUGAGGACCCACUUCUACCAGCAGUUCCUCCAGGAACACCAGUACCCACCUCUACACCAGAGAAACAGGAUGAUGCCUCUGUUGAUAGCUGUGAAGAUGGGGAGAAAUUCAAUGUUGAACUCACUAAAAACAACCAGGGCUUAGGAAUAACUAUUGCUGGUUACAUUGGAGACAAGGCAUCAGAACCUUCUGGUAUCUUUGUGAAAAGCAUUACAAAAGGCAGUGCUGUUGAACAUGAUGGCAGAAUCCAUGUGGGAGAUCAAAUUAUAGUUGUGGAUGGAACAAAUCUUCAGGGUUUUACUAACCAGCAAGCAGUUGACGUUUUGCGGCACACAGGACAAACGGUUCGGCUCACUUUGAUCAGAAGAGGUCUUAAGCAGGAAAAUCGUAUUCCACCCCAGGAGGACUUCAGUGCUCCUGUUGAGCAGAACUUACUAUUCCAAACAAGGGAGAGUAACACAGCCAAAGAUGACAGUGAAACAGAACAGGGAUCCCCAUCACUGCCAUGCAGUUCCAGUGCGGUAAAUAUUGGAGAUGACAUGAAACAACAGGAAACAGAUUUCCAGCUAACUAGUACAGAAGAAGCGGCUGCAAAGAUAAAAUGGCAGAGGAUUAUGGGGUCGAAUUAUGAAAUAGUGGUGGCUGUGGUUAACAAAUAUAGUGAAAGCAGUGGGUUAGGGAUAAGCCUUGAAGCUACAGUGGGUCAUCAUUUCAUCAGAUCUAUCUUACCUGAAGGGCCAGUUGGACGAAGCGGCAAGCUGUUCAGUGGAGAUGAACUGCUGGAAGUGAAUGACAUCUCUCUGCUUGGAGAAAACCACAAGGAUGUGGUCAGUAUCUUGAAAGAGCUGCCUAUUAAGGUGACAAUGGUGUGCUGUCGUCCAGUAGCUCCACCUGUUACUCAACCAGAAAUACUAGAGAGUCUAAGCCUAUCUGAGGUUCAUCUCACAGAAAAGGGUCACAUAGAACUUGGAUUUGUUGGCUCUUCAGACACAGAGGGAACAACUUUGGAAACAGCUGAUGAGGGUCAGAGUAUGGAAGAGGUGCAAAGCUCAUCUCUGGCAAUGUGGGAAACAGACGUACAGCACAUAGAGCUGGAGAAAGGGAGUAUGGGACUUGGAUUUAGCAUAUUGGACUAUCAGGAUCCUGUUGAUCCAGCAAACACUGUAAUUGUGAUUCGCUCAUUAGUUCCUGGGGGUGUGGCUGAGCAAGAUGGUAGACUUCUUCCGGGAGAUCGGCUUAUGUUUGUCAACGAUAUCAACUUGGAAAAUGGCAGCCUGGAGGAAGCGGUGCAAGCACUGAAAGGAGCCCCAACAGGAACAGUUAAAAUAGGAGUUGCCAAACCAUUGCCUGUGGACUCUGGCGAGGCAGAUCUAGCGGAUGAGUCCACCUUUGAAUCACAGUAUUCUCUAGAGAGAGACGUCUUCCAGGACUCAGUGACAGCUCUGCAUGACAGUGCCUGUAGCGGUGAGGUGAACAACAGCUUCUCUCUUCCAUUAUCAACUCCCAAGUCUGUUGGAGAGGAAUGCCCAAAUGCUGCAGGUGAUUUCCAUGUAUCUGAGAAGAAUCUGUACAACAUGAAUCUGAAUCAGAGACUCAGAGAUGAAAAGUCUGUAGUGGAGAGUAGCUUGGAAACUGCAAGUGAUUUUACUAAAAUAGAUCUUCUGACUCUGGAGGUUUCAGAUAUUAACCAAAAUGAAAGUGAAAAUACAGCAACAUGGACUGGAUCUCAAACAGCAUCAGAAAUCCUACUAAAUACAAGCCUUGCUACUACCACACAGCUUGAUCCCAAUGAAAAAGAUCAAUUGCUUUUAAUGGAAAAGAGGUGCCCGGUAUCUUUGGAGGGAAAUUCCACACCCCAAAAUUCAGUCAAAAACUUGUAUGAGAAGACUAUCACUAUUGCAAAAGGCAAUUCAAGCCUAGGGAUGACAGUAAGUUCCAAUAAGGAUGGUUUGGGAAUGAUAGUUCGCAGUGUCAUCCAUGGAGGCUCAAUAAGUCGCGAUGGACGGAUUGGUGUGGGAGACUGCAUCCUGUCCAUUAAUGAAGAGUCAACCACAAACUUAACCAAUGCACAAGCCCGGGCUAUGCUGAGACGGCAUUCACUCAUUGGACCAGACAUAAAAUCUUCUCCAGCACCUGCUGAUGAUCAGACCCUGUGUUAUGUUAUUACAUAUGUGCCAGCAGAAAAUUUAGACGAGUACAGGGCCAGUCUGGGACAACAGACAGAGGGAACAGUGCCACUUGAACUUUUUCCUUCACAUAUUGUCAGGGAACUUCCAGAGCUUCCAGAACGUGAAGAGGGGGAGGGAGAAGAAAGUGAACUUCAAAAUGCAGCUUUCAGUAACUGGAACCAGCCCAGAAAGGUCGAACUCUGGAGAGAGCCUAGCAAGUCAUUGGGCAUCAGCAUUGUUGGAGGACGAGGUAUGGGAAGCCGCCUGAGCAAUGGAGAAGUGAUGAGAGGGAUUUUUAUCAAACACAUCCUGGAAGACAGCCCAGCUGGCAAAAAUGGAACACUGAAAACUGGAGAUCGGAUUGUAGAGGUGGAUGGAAUUGACCUCAGAGAUGCCAGCCACGAACAAGCUGUGGAAGCCAUACGGAAGGCAGGCAAUCCUGUAGUCUUUAUGGUACAGAGCAUUAUAAGCAGACCAAGGCCAGAGUCUCUUUAUAGCCCUUCUUCAGCUUCUGCUCCCUGUGGGCAGAAAACUACUAACCCAUUUUAUCGUCAGUCAUCUAAGAACCCUUCCCUGCCUUUUCUGCAGAACAGUGUUUUCAGUAGGCCAGCUGUCUUCAGCAGCACUAACCCAUUUGCUGAUUCUUCUCAGUUCAACACUGAUAAGGAGGUAUCGAAUCCAAUUAGGGUUACCUUCCGUUGUUCCCCAACUAACCCUUUUGCUCCCACACCAUUCAAGGCAUUUGGUCAGUCUGAUACAGAGCCAGAAAAGACUUCGCUUUGUAACUUGCCUCUGCCCCCUCCCUCAGCAUUUUCAGGAAUGAGCUCUGAUGUUGCACAGUCAUCUUCUAUCAGAGUCCCCGAAGAUGUGGAGAAGGAGGAUGAGUUCGGUUACAGCUGGAAAAAGAUCAUGCAGCGCUAUGGAAAUCUACCAGGGGAGCUACACAUGAUUGAGCUGGAAAAAGGAAAGACAGGUCUGGGACUUAGUCUUGCUGGUAACAAAGACCGAUCCAGGAUGAGUGUCUUCAUAGUGGGAAUUGAUCCAAAUGGAGCAGCUGGGAAAGAUGGCAGGUUACAGGUUGCAGAUGAGUUGCUAGAGAUAAAUGGCCAAAUCCUUUAUGGAAGGACUCAUCAGAACGCUUCUUCAAUAAUCAAAUGUGCACCAUCUAAAGUUAAAGUAAUAUUUAUCAGAAAUAAGGAUGCAGUAAAUCAGAUGGCUGUUUGCCCUGCAAAGUCAGUAGAGGCUUCACAGUGUACUUCAGGGACACUUCAACAUCAAGAGAUUGACAUCAGUGUUGCAAACCUGAGUGCAUCUUCUGACUUGAGUUCAUGUAAAAACAUUCAGUAUGUGGAACUUCCUAAGGAUCAAGGAGGCUUUGGAAUUGCCAUUAGUGAAGAAGACACAACUAAUGGAGUAGUUAUUAAAAGCUUAACAGAUCAUGGUGCGGCUGCAAAGGAUGGACGUAUCAAAGUUGGAGAUGUGAUUCUGGCAGUGGAUGAUGAAAUUGUUGUGGGAUAUCCUGUAGAAAAGUUUAUUAGUCUCUUGAAGACCUCGAAAUCUGUUGUGAGGCUUACAAUCAACCCAGCAGAGACAGAUAACCUAACUACAGCGCCAGCCCUUCCCAGCACUGUCCCAGCAGAGAAGAGGAAUAUGCAACCACCAGCAGCUCUCCCCACUUCCAGCUCACCAGAACCAGAAGCAGUCAAAAACACAAGCAGGUCUUCAACUCCAGCCAUGUUAACCUCCGACCCAGCUACUUGUCCCAUCAUUCCUGGAUGUGAAACAACCAUUGAUAUCUCCAAAGGGCGGACUGGUCUUGGUCUGAGCAUUGUUGGAGGAGCAGACACUUUGCUGGGAGCAAUCAUUAUCCAUGAGGUAUAUGAAGAAGGAGCGGCAUCUAAAGAUGGACGACUGUGGGCUGGUGAUCAGAUACUAGAGGUGAAUGGAAUUGACCUCAGGAAUGCCACACAUGAUGAGGCCAUUAACGUUCUCCGUCAGACCCCCCAAAAAGUUCGUCUGACUGUGUACAGAGAUGAAGCCCAGUACAAGGAGGAAGACAUGUAUGAUGUGCUGAAUAUAGAGCUCCAGAAGAAGCCUGGUAAAGGCCUUGGGCUGAGUAUUGUUGGGAAAAGAAAUGACACAGGUGUGUUUGUGUCAGAUAUCGUCAAAGGAGGAAUAGCAGAUACAGAUGGGAGAUUGAUGCAAGGAGACCAGAUAUUGACAGUGAAUGGAGAAGAUGUCCGAAAUGCUAACCAGGAGGCUGUUGCAGCUUUGCUAAAGUGUUCCUUAGGUACAGUAAGACUAGAGGUUGGAAGAAUAAAAGCUGGGCCAUUUCACUCUGAAAGGAGAACAUCCCAGAGCAGCCAGGUCAGUGAAGGAAGUGGCAGUCUCUCAUCGUUCAGUUUCCCAGUGUCUGGUUCUGGUGCACCCGAGGUCUUUGAGAGUGGCCUAAAGAGGCAUAUCACAGGUUCUGAAAUACAGGGACUAAGAACAGUUGAAAUAAAAAAGAACCCUACAGAUUCACUAGGAGUGAGCAUUGCUGGAGGAGUAGGAAGUCCUCUUGGAGAUGUUCCUAUAUUUAUUGCCAUGAUGCACCCAAAUGGAGUUGCAGCUCAGACUCAGAAAUUAAGAGUUGGAGACAGGAUUGUUAGCAUCUGUGGAACAUCUACUGAGGGCAUGACUCAUUCCCAAGCUGUUAAUAUCUUAAAAAAUGCUUCAGGCACUAUUGAGUUGCAGGUUGUAGCUGGAGGAGAAGUGAGUGUCAUAACUGGUCCGCAGCAGGAUCCACCUACGCCCAGUCUUUCAUUUUCAGGACUAACUUCAACUGGCAUAUUUCAGGAUGAUUUAGGACCUCCUCAGUAUAAGACCAUUACUCUGGACAGAGGACCAGACGGCCUUGGCUUUAGUAUUGUGGGUGGCUAUGGCAGUCCCCAUGGAGACUUACCCAUUUAUGUAAAGACAGUGUUUGCAAAGGGUGCAGCAGCAGAAGAUGGACGCCUCAAGAGGGGGGAUCAAAUCAUUGCUGUGAAUGGGCAGAGUUUAGAAGGGGUGACCCACGAGGAAGCAGUUGCUAUUCUGAAAAGGACAAAAGGAACAGUCACUUUGACUGUCUUAUCAUGAACUGGCUGUCUGUCAGGCUAGGGUCAAUAAGACAAUAUUGUUUACUUUCCACAUAGUAAAGAGAAUGGAGAUGUUUGUGUAGUCUUCUUGCUCUUUCAGCUUAACAGGACUGUGUUACAACGCUGAAGAAAAAUAACAUUUAACCAUAUUUUUGUAUACAUUUAAAGUACUUCUCUUCCUGUCAAACCACUGGGAUGAAGUUAUGUUGACAAUGGAAACACAGGGAUAUUUUUCCUAUUAGUAAGUCACCAUGAAAAAAAAUGUUGCCAUUAAUAACCACACAAGGAAAUGUUUUGGGAAGAGACUUUGUAUUUGAGUAGUGUUGGAAAAAUUAUAAAUGCAUCAAGUCAGCACACAGGUUGCAGGGGUAGCAGUAGUCAGACAACAGGAAAGAGCUUAUUGAAGAAAGAAAAUAUUACUAAAUCAGAGAUUUGGGAGAUAAGGGGGAAAUAUGUGUAAUCUGGAGGCAGAAGGUUUUUUGGAACGAGAUGAUUUUUAAGGUUCCUUUCGACCCAGACUGUCCAAUGACCAUAUUAUUUUGCAAUGCUCAAUAGGAGGAACUAGUUUGGUGACUUGGGUGGAUUUUUUUGCUUGCCUUUUUGUGCGUUUAAAUUUUUCUAAGUCAUGGUGUAUCUGAAAAAAAAAAACACUGUGUUUCACUUGGCUUAGAUUUGAGGGUUUCAUUAUUUUGGUGGCAGGGGAGUGUAUUGGUGGUGAUGAUGGUGGUUUUGUUUGUUUUGUUUGUGGGUUUUGUGGGUCUUGUGCUCAGGGCUGAAAAGUCCAUUACUAGUGGAAACUAUUCCUGGUGAUUGAGAAUGCCCAGCAACUGCAGUAUUAGAAGAACUAUACUUUUAAAAUAGGAAUAUUUUAUAGUCCUUAUGGAUGAAAACAACUUUUCUAAUAUGAAGUGUCUAUAAGCAAAUGUCCUCUUCCAAUGUGCAGCACCAUGUACACGGUCAGUGCAGACAUUCCUGCAAGCUGUUUGCUCCAGAGCCAUGAACAGACCUCUCAGAGCAGUUCUGCUUAGCUGCCAGCAGAUGUCUAGAUAUUGCCAGUGGAAGGAGUUGACAUUAAUGGUGUUGCUGCUAUUAUCACUAGCAGCAGAGGUAGAGUCCUUCUUGAACUGAGAAGGCAUACAGCCAGGAAUCAUGGAUUGAGCAUGGGUAAAGACCUGAAAAAGCCUCACAGUGGAGGUGUGUAGUAAGACAGCAGUGAGGGUUUGCAUCAGUAAUAAGCAGAAGAGGAGCUUUGACAGCUACAACUAUUAUUUUGGGGAUAUUAAUUUUAGAGGCACAGAUAAAAGCAUCUAGUAAGUACAAUGCAACAGUGGAGCUUUCUUUGAUCAGCAGCAUGGUCAAUAAAUGCAUCACUUUCUCAUUACUUAAACUUUAUCUAAAAACUGCACUCAAUGAAACACACAGCUGAUUGUAACCUGCCUGCCCUUGCCUGCCAUGCUUUUAGGAAUCUGACAGAUAAAGCAUGCUUUUCCCAUGAUUUAUUUUCCUGCAGAAGAAUUUUGCUGAGUCUUUUGAGAGAGGAAGAUACCAGUCAAACUAGUAUGCUAUUUAGCAUGAGGAUGCUUUGCUUUAAUUAGCAAAAAUGGAAUUUUAGCAAGAAGGCUACUAUCUCAACUAUCACUUAGGAGAAAUAUGAACUGAAAAUGCAGGCAAUGGUCAGGCCAUUAUUAGGGGAUAAUACAAAAGACUAGCAUUCAUUUUAGUGAGUCACAAAAGCAGUAUUAGGAGUGUCUGUCAAAUAGUAUUAACAAAUUGAUAGCUAUGUGUAAGUGAACUAACAAAAAAACCCCACUCUUUGUCUUUUUAACUAUUCUAGAAGUUACAUUGUGGUAGGCUAAGAUGCAAUAAACUAGAUGGUGCCAUUGCUGGAUGCUGCUGUUAUUGAAUUGCUUUUGUACUUAUUCCUUGCAUAGAGUGAGAAAUGCCUACAUUAGAGUAUGUAAAGUCACUUUAAAUAGUAUCUAUAUUUGUAACAGAAGUAGUGUACAGCUAUUUUGUUACUGCUCUUGUGUCACAAUGGGUGAUUUAAAUUAAUAAAUUUCAAACUGUCAUGAUGAA